AUGCAGCUACUUCAGUUUUUGUUCGUGCUUCUAUGCCCUCUCAUGCUUGUGCAAGGACAAGGACAAAAUAUUUUGGCAACGGGACAACAACAAAAUGUCUCAGCGAUAGAAGAAGGAGACGAAAUCGUUCCUCAAGGUUUCGGAGGCUUUGUAAGAGGACUUGGUAGAGGUAUUUGGCAAGGUGUUAAAGGUGUUGGGAAAUUCUUUGGAAGAGCACUUGGAGCCGUGCCACCGGUGUCUUUCAACUAUAUGCCUAUGCCAUCUGGAGGAUCAUAUGGAUCUGGAUAUGGUCAAGGAUACUACCAACAACCACAAGGAUAUUACCAACAACCACAAGGAUAUUACCAACAACCACAAGGAUAUUACCAACAACCACAAGGAUACUAUCCACAGGGAUACUAG